AUGUCGGCGCGCCUCAUCUCGUCGUCGACGAGGGCGACGCUCGCGGCAGCAUCCCGCUCGCCCGCCGUCCUGGACGUGCUCGCCCCGGCCACCACCAGCAGCCAUCGCCACUACUCGGCCAAGCCGGCGCCGUCCAGAGCUCCGCCCGCCGAGCCUGCCGCGUCGUCCUCCAAGGUCCGCCUCGACUCGACCUCGUCGCGCUCUCGACCACCGCCCAGGGCCGCAAGCGGGCAGCGAGGCGCCGAGACUGCUAUAUCGAGGUCGCCUGCCACAAGCACGCGCUCCGCCAAGCCGCCGUCGCCCUCGUCCCCCUCCUCGCGCACCGCCCCUCGUCGCACCUCCACCCCAUCCGCCUCCGACCUCCUCUCCGAGAUGCGCAGCUCGGCCCCGUCCUCCAGCAGUCGACCUCUUCGUCCCGGUCGCCCCAAGAGCGCGUCGCAAAAAGCCCUGGGCGAGCUCCAGCAGGCCCUCGUCGGCAAGCGGCGCGACUUCCUGCGCGCGCUCAACCAGGGCUGGCUCCCGCUGCGCAACACGCGCCAGGUCUCGCGCGUCGCGCCCGAAGACCUCACCAAGCUCGUCCAGGCGGUCGCCGCCGGCGCCAAGGCGCACGCCGCCGACGAGGGCACCUCGUGGCGCUGGGCCGACGUGCGCGAGCUCGUCGUGCACGCCGCGGGCGAGCGCGACAAGCGCCCGGUCGGCGACUGGGCGUGGAGGACGCUCGAACUCGGGUGGGUUGGCGCAGAGCGCGUCGCCGAGGUGUGGGACGCGGUCCGGGCGGGCGAGCAUCACGCGCUGCGCACCGGGCCCGACUCGCUCGGCGCCAACUUUACCUCGCCGAGCGCCGAGUUUUCCUCGUCGUCCUCGGCGACGACAGCGGCCGACUCGAAGCCGUCGGCGCCGCUGUUCGCCGCCGCCGUCGUCGCUCGCGCUCUCCUGCGCGCGCGCGCGCCCGCCGCCGAGCGCGAGCCCUUCUCGGCGCUCGUCGCCCAAUGGGCCGACUCGCAUGUGCCCCGCCUCCAGCCGCUCGUCGCACGAGGGCACAUCCAGUCCCUCAUCGAGCGGCACGUCUCGCCGUCGUCCUUCGCCCUCUCGACCUCGUCGUCCACCACCUCUUCCUCCUCCUCCUCUUUCACCCCGCCCAGCACCGCCGACCUCGUCGCGACCAUGCGCCAAGUCGCGCUCGCGCAGACCUACUACGCGCGCGUGCACGCGCCGGGCCUCGAGGUGCUCGCCGCCGCGCGCGAGCUGUUCCGCACGGGCCGCGCCGCCGACGCGUGGGCGCUGUGGGGCGACGUGCGGCAGGCGGUCGAGGGCGACGACGCGUGGAUGGGCACGGCCGCGUGGGACAAGAGCGGGAGCGAGAGGCGGUACCGCGCGCUCGAGGCGGACGAGGUCGGCGCCGAGUCGGUCGAGGGCGAGGGCGAGGGCGAGGUCGAGGUGGGCGCCGCCGCGCCGGCCGUGCCGCGCCCGCUCCCGCCGGCGACGCUGCACCAGGCCGUCGUGUCAACCUUUAUCGCCGGGUUCGUCCAGGCGCAGGCGCCCGACCGCGCCAACGCCAUCUGGGCGUGGCUCCAGUCGCGCACGCCGCCGCUCGUGCCCGGCCUCGCGUGCUGGACCGGCCUCCUGCACGGUUACGCCGCGCGCGGCGAGGUCCAAGCCGUCGAGUCGGCGUUCGCCGAGCUGCAGCGCUCGGGCCCGGCGCCCGACGUCUGGGCGUGGCUCGAGCGCGUCGACGCCCACUUUGCGACGCGCAGGCCCGACGACGCGAUGCGGCUCGCGCGCGUCAUGAUGCGCGACAAGGACGUCGUGCGCGCGCUCGGCGACGGCGCCCUGCCGGAGGAGGCGUGGAACCGGCUCCAGGUCGGCCUGCUCUCGAACGGGCGCCGGCUCGAGGCCGAGGCGCUCCUCGACGAGAUGCGCUCGGCGGGCGUCGAGCCGUCGAUCGUGACGGUCAACGGCUUCCUCAAGUCGUACACGCGCGGGUCCAAGCCCGACCUCGCGGCCGUCGUGCGCGUCCUCAAGCUCGUCACCGAGCACGGCCUCGAGCCCAACGUCUACACGUUCACCAUGGUCCUCCAGACGCUCCUCGCCGGCGGCCUCAAGGACGCGACGGCGCGCACGAUCGCCAUAAUGGAGCAGGCCAAGGUCAAGCCGACGGCGACGACGUACGGCGCCAUCAUCCACGACCUCGUCCAGGGCCAGGGCGGGUCGAGCACGAGCGGCGGCAAGCGCGAGCAGCUCGAAGCGGCCGUCCAGCUCCUCGACGAGAUGGAGGCCAAGCGCAUCCCGGCGACCGAGGUCAUCUACACGUCGCUCAUCCAGGGCUUCCUAACGGCGAUCCCGUCGACGCCGCUCGCCGGCGCGCCGCCGCCGUCGCCCGCCGGCGUCGCGUCGAGCCUCGACGCCGCCUCGAGGGCGCAGCACCCGUACAUGGUGGCGGCCCUGACGCUCAAGCAGCGCAUGGAGAAGCGCGGCCUGCGCCUCAACCGGGUCGGGUACAACGCGUUCCUCUCGGCGGCGCUCGCGCUCCAGUCCGAGUGGGGCACCGAGUUCGCCCUGCGCCUGUUUGCGACGAUGCAGCGCGAGCGUGCAGCGCUCGCCAAGGCGUCGACGUCGAGCAGCAGCAGCAGCAGCAACAGCAGCAGCAGCAGCAGCAGCGCGGGCGACGACGAGGACCCGGCGGCGUCGCAGCAGGCGAGCAGCAGAGGGAGCACGCCGUCCGACACGUGGUACGUGCUGCUCGACGGUUUUGUGCGCAUGGGCGACUUUGGGCGUGCGGACGCGGUCGUGCAGGAGAUGCAGCGGCAAGGGUUCGAGGUGCGCAACCGCGGGCUGCAGCGGCUCGUGAGCCAGGUGGUGCGAGGGCGGCCUUCCGCCAUCCUCAACGCCGACACGGUCCCGUGCUACCUCGACGGCCAACCUUGGACCUCAACCUCGGCCUCGUACGACGUCAAGGACCCGCACAAGCCCGAGCGCUCCCUCCACAAGGUCAACUCGAUCACGGCAGACGACGUGCCCCGUGUCGUCGAGAGCGCAGCAAAGGCGUUCAAGACGUGGAAGACGACCUCGGUCGCCGAGCGCCGCGCCAUCUUCCUCAAGGCCGCCCAGAUCUUCAAGGACCGCCUGCCCGAGUUUGCCCAGGUCGAGGCCGAGGAGACGACGUCGACGGGCAACUGGGCCGGCUUCGACGUGACGCUCGCCAUCGAGUCGAUCGAGGAGGUCGCUGCCGCCGCCUCGAAUGCGCUCCGAGGCGAGAUCGCCUCGACCGAGUCGCACCAGCGCGCCUACAUCAAGCGUGUGCCCUUUGGCGUCGUGCUCGGCAUCGCUCCUUGGAACGCGCCCGUCACCCUGUCGCAGCGGUCCGUGUACCAGCCCAUCAUGGCGGGCAACACGGCCAUCUUGAAGACGAGCGAGAUGUCGCCUCGCACGCACGCCAUCAUCGCCGAGGUCAUGCACGAGGCCGGCCUCCCUGCCGGCGUCCUCUCGGUCGUUCAUGUCGCGCCCAAGGACGCUCCCGCCGUCACCGAGGCUUUGAUCGCGAGCGAGGCGAUCCGCAAGGUCAACUUUACCGGCUCGACCCGCGUCGGCCAGAUCGUCGCGCAGCUGUGCGGCAAGUACCUCAAGCCGGUCGUGCUCGAGCUCGGCGGCAAGGCGCCCGCCAUCGUGUGCGACGACGCCGACCUCAAGCACGCCGCCAACGCGAUCAAGUUCGGCGGCCUCUUCCACUCGGGCCAGAUCUGCAUGGCGACCCAGACGGCCAUCGUGCACGAGUCGAUCGUCGACGACUUCCUCAAGCUCCUCACGGCCGACUUUCCUCGCGCGUCGGCGUCGCCCGACGACGGCGCCGCCCUGCGCGGCCUUUUUACGGCGGCGAGCGCCGAGCGCGUCCAGGGCGCCAUCGAGGACGCCCUGUCCAAGGGUGCCAAGAUUGUCGCCGGCGAGAACAAGCGCGAGGGCAACGUCAUCCAGCCGUGCCUCCUGCGCGACGUGACGGACGACAUGCGCAUCUACCGCGAGGAGAUGUUCGCGCCCGUCUUCUCGGUCCUCACGUUCCGCGACGACGAGCAGGCGCUGCGGUUCGCCAACGACCACGAGUACGGCCUGUCGGCGGCCGUCUUUACGCAGAACAUCGACCGCGGCCUGCAGCUCGCCGACGGGAUCGAGUCGGGCGCCGUCCACAUCAACGGCGCGACGGUGCACGACCACGGCCAGGUGCCGCACGGUGGCACCAAGGCGAGCGGGUACGGCCGCUUCAACGGCGCCGAGGGCAUCCGCGAGUUUACGCAGCUCAAGUCGAUCACGGUCAACCCGCCGCAUGGGUCGUAUCCGGCUCCCUCUUCCUGAUACAUCCGCCGACGUGCAAAGCAAGAAGGACCGACUUCCCGACCAC